GCAUAUCGCAUGCAGCAUACAGUACAGGGAGCUGGGGCCGGUCUUGGAUCCAUAAAAAUAUUGCGUUGAAGAGUUUGGGCCAUGGUCGAAGAGAGAGGUAAAAAUUGAUAAAUCUGGAGCACUUGUGAAGCUGGAAUCUGGAACUUUUUUCUUGUGGCAAUGAGAAGUUUGGUUAUCAGUAUGGUUCAUCACAUGAAGACACAAGUACCUGUGUACAUUUAUUCACUGAUGUCAGUAUUAAUGUACAUCUCUGGACAACAGUUGACAGUUACAGCGGAUUCAAGUGUUGCUGUCAUUUCUGGUGGAUCAGCUAAUCUCACGUGUACAUAUGAGGUGCAAGGAACUUCUCUUGUCAGUCUUGAAUGGAGAAAAGGUGCAACGUUUGCAAGUGGAACUCGAGUUGUCCGGUUUUUGAGACCUAAUUUUGAUGCAGUCUAUGGCCCUGUUUAUGGUCCACCUGUUUACACAGCUUACAGAGAUGGUACCAACAGCUCAGGCAUACUCACGUUACAAAUUUCACCUGUCGUUUAUAAGCCUAAUGAGACUGAAAUAUACUGGUGUCGUGUCGUGGUAACUGGCGGAGUCAUAGUAAAAGAAAGCUCAACUUCUCUAAUCAUCAUAGUUGUCCCAACGACGAUAACAUUAUUUGAUACAAGUGCCCAUUAUCCUAACACUGGUGGCAAAGCUGUUUUGGUAGAAGGGAAGGAUCGUCUGUUUACAUGCCAUGUACCAUACAUCAAACCAGCAGCGUCAUUCACAUGGACUGUUGGAGGAGGUACAAGUAGCAUUACACCCAGAAGUCCAGAGGUUGUUAACGGAACAGAUGGAUUAUUCAACAGCACCAGUGUGGCAACCUUAUCACCAAGAUGGAAUCCUCACGAACAGGUGUUAAUGUGUCAGGCUUCCAACUUAGAUAACCAUCUUGGUUUGAGUGUCAAUGUGACUCUCGAUGUUAAAGUGCCACCAAAGAAUUCGACCAUGUCGCUCUCAAAACCAAGUGGUGCAUUCUCCCCUGGAGGCACAGCCAGUGUAGACCAAGAUGCAUGUCAUGUCUUCACCUGUCAGGCACAGUCUAGACCAGCAGCCACCAUUCAGUGGGAUCUUGGUUCCAAUAGCUACCAGCAGAGUACUAUCAGCCCUGCCACUGGAGGACCCGGUGAUGGUUUGGUUUAUACAACCAGCAUGUGGACAUUUACACCUGGCCGAGACAAUCACAGACAGCAGGUGAAGUGUGAGGCCAAUACUACAGAGUCACAGCCACCGUACCCAUCAGUCAUGGUCACACUGGAUGUCAACGGUCCUCCUAACACUCCUGUGAUAACAGGGAGCCAACAAGCUGUUGAGAACACUCCAACUUCUCUAAUUUGCAGAGCUGACAUGGGAUAUCCAGAAACCUGGAAUCUGACAUGGUCCUAUGGAGACUUGAGUGUAACUGGGCUGACAACAAACUCAGCUCAUAAUAAUCGCUUCAACUUCUCGACCACAUUGGCCAUUUCCAGCAGGAUUUUUAAUGGAAAGGUGAUCAACUGUACUGCAGAAAGAGGUUCCUGGAAGUCAGGUGUAGGGCAGACAUCUGGUGCUGUUAGUGUUAAGUUCUGUGCCAGGAAUAUAAGCGUGAGUUGCCCAGCGGACGUGACAGCAGGGAAUGAAGUAUCUCUGACAUGCCUGACCUCAGAGAGUAGCAAUCCAGCAACCACACUAACCUGGUACAAUAAUAGUGAAAGUGUAACCAGCCCCAUUGAUCAAGAAGAAAGCCCAGGUGCUUUUGGAGGAAAAACAUCUGAAUCGACCUACAGAAUCAAUGUUUUGACCAAAUAUCACAAUCAGAAUCAGUUCAGAUGCUGCGCUAAUAAUAGUGCAGAGUUAUCGUGUGCUGAAGAUUUGUGUCACGCAUGCACCCUGAAUGUGAAAUAUGCUCCUGAAUUCACCUCCUUGACACAGUCUCCAAACAACCCUGUUACUGAAGGCAGUAAUGUCAUCCUGACUUGCACCGUAGAUGCCAAUCCUAUGCCCGGUGAUAUCACAUGGGAGAAACAAGGAUCCAAUCGGGCAUAUAACUCAGAGUACAAUGCUGGCACCAGUACACUGACUCUGAGUAGUAUCACAAGGGAGCGGUCUGGGUACUACACAUGUAAAGCAAACAAUGAAAUACCCACAGGCAACCCUGCCCACAUGGUCAAUGAUGUGGUUUCAUCUCCACUCACUGUUAUAGUGCAUUAUGAAGUCAAUAUCACCAAUAAAGGAAUGACUGAGCAAGGUGGUAAAGAUGGAGGUAGCGCUUCCUUAACCUGCAUCGCCAAAGGCAACCCUAGGCCAACUAUGCAGUGGUAUGGUCUAAACAACACAGUGAUAACUAGUGAGACAGACACGGCUAAGUUCAUGGUGGUGAAUGUCACAACAGGAGGAGAUGGUGUGUACGGAUUCCAAGUGACCAGCACUCUGACCAUCAACAAUAUUGAUUCUGACAUAGACUUUGGGACCUACACCUGCAUCAGCACAAAUGGAAUAGGAGAGGAAGACAUGCUUAAGGUCAAUCUCACUGGAACAAGAAGACCAGACAAGCCUAUCAGAGUUAUGAUAACUGGUCAGACGGCAGAGUCUCUGACAGUGACAUGGACAGCAGGGUAUGAUGGUGGUGAGGAACAAUCAUUCCGUGUUAGCUACUUGAAGGUGUCAGAUUCCACAGAGACAGGUGUUGGUGAGAGUGUGACAGGUGGGAAGACUACAUACACAGUGACAGGUCUGGAGGACAACACGGAGUAUGAGAUCAGGGUGUAUGCCAGGAAUGCCAUCGGUGAAAAUACUGACUAUGCCAAAGUAGUGGGACACACAUUGCCAAAACCUCCAGGCUCAGAUGCAGGUAUCAGGAUCACUGUGGAGUACAACACUGAUGAUGGGACUGUGAAGGUGACAGGGCUGAAGAUAGAGAAUAGUUGCAUCCAGCUGGAAGUCAAGUAUGAGGGCAACGACACCUGGCAGGAAUGUGGAAAGUGUAUUGACUCAGAUCAGACAGUGACACUCUCUGAAUGGUGUGCAGUAUCACAGACGAGAAGACGAAGAGCUGUAGGUGACAUUGAAGAUGUCCGCGCUAAACUCUGCAUCGGUGGUUUGUGUAGCAAGGCAGCGCCUGCUGAACAAGUGAAGAACCCACCACCAGUGACUUCACCUGAUAACAGAGGCAUCAUUGUCGGAGCUGUUGUGGGAGGGGUGGUACUUCUUGCCAUCAUUAUUGCUCUAGCUACCUACCUUGUCAGAAUGUCACCCGCGGACCAAAAAAGCAGAAGAAAGAAAACGACAGGUACUCGUACAUUGUAAAUCAUCUUGUUUUAUGCCUUCUUGCAAACCUUGUGGUUUUUAUUACAGUAUGUUCACACAUGCAUGUAAAUACAUAAUAUUCAUAUCAGUGCAGUGCAGGUGUCAUGAAAACUGUAGCGAUACAAGCCACCUGGUUGCCAGCUUCAGGCAUUAAGGGGGCUACAGUAGCUGGGCGGGGUGGGGCACAUCACAAGAGCAAAAUAUACUUUUAAUGCUAUGGUUUUUACUGGGGAGGGGCAGCUUCACGACGGGGGGAUCCUUGGCAACGGACCUGGAUACAAGACAUUUGCAAAGGGUGGUCUCAGUACAUGCAGGGUAUGGAUUAGUGCAGUUUUCAUAAAUGUGACCAACCAUCCCAAAACCAUGCUGAAGUUGUUAGUUGCGAUGUUGGACAAUGCCUCUCCUUCAGCUUUUUUUACACUUUUGAAGUGAUCCAUGUUAAAUCAAAAUUCUGUCUGCAGUAAGCUUCUUAUGGGUAGCGACAGCUGUAAAACUGCCAUGAAAAUCUGAACCGUGGAAGUUCCACUAUUUUAGGGUUAUGAAGUUACCUACUUCAGCCUGGUUUUGGGAUGGCAGGUCACAAAUUUUGGGAGAGAAAUGUCUGGUCCUUUGUGGAUCAUGGGAAGCAUGCCGUCAGCCAUGAGCAAUUCAUGAAUUAUCAACUAUCAAAGAGUGCAUGUACGUGUAUGUACAUGUACGUGUACUUAGCUAAACUGAAAUGCAAGUUCUUAAUGAAACUUGACUUCAACUUAAUUCUACUUCAGGUAAUUAUGGUUUGAGUCCCAAGUGGUUUUACCAUGUAGUCUAGGCAUAUCUCUCUAUGAAACAUUCUCUCUGUGUUUUUCCCUCCAAACAUAAAACUAAUGAAGCAUUCAUUGUCGUCUUAAUUGUUGAUACAUGUAUUUGCUCUCAAAACACAAUGCUGGUCAGUUUCCCCUGAUAGCACUGAUAGGAAUAUGUUUUGUCAUUUAUUUUGAUGGCUGUUGGCAUACAUGUAGUCUUCUCAAGUGUUACUUACUGAUGAAUAUUCUGUUUGCAUGACAUCCUUGAGCCGUCUGGUUAUACGUACAGCACCUUGGAAUAUUUACCUUUUUUACCUUUUUACCCUUUUUACAAGUGAAGCAGUUGCUAAUAAGUUUCCAGGUUGGUUUUAUUUACAAGCAUUAGGGUUUGCGUUAUAUUUUUUUAAAAAUUCCCAUGUGCACUGGUACAUUCAUAACCAGUAAAGAAAGGAAAAAACACAUUGCUAGUUUAUAUUGACCAGGAACAGGAAUUUGGCUUUUCAAGGUAUUUAUUUUUUAAAAUGUCGAGUUUUGAAACCAUUGUAAUGCACUUGACUGUCAGAGUUUUCUGGAAUGAUACUGAGAGUUGUGAUAAUUGGUGUUAUUAAAAAAUAAAACCCUAUUUCAUAUUCAUGUGUCCUUCAAAAGGUGAAACCACUGUUCAGGUUGUGUAAUGUGCAAAUACUCGG